GUGCUCAGUUGAAUUCCAUUGCCGUCCAUUAAAACAGCCGACUUGGAAAAUACAAUAUCAAAGUGAGCUCAGUUUUACCACAAGCUUGCGUGCUUAAUUCUCGUCAGGGAUGGCAUUUUCAUGCAGCGAGGGCAUCGAGAAACGCUCUCCGCAUGUGUAAGGCACGCAUCUUCGACUCUGUCGUGGCUCGCUGCUUUGCCUGGCAAAACGGAACAAUUGGUGGAUAACGUUAAUUCUCCUCGUGACUUCAGUUGAGCUUAUUUCAUCGCCGAAAUACAGAGGAACUCGGAUGUGGUUUCUGUCAUGAGUCCCGCAGGGUGCUCCCAUGUGAACGGGUUCAAAGUGGACAACUGGAAGCAGAAUCUGCGCCUCAUAUACCAGUGCUUUGUGUGGAGCGGCUCUGUCGAAACCAGGAAACGCAAGGCGAAGUCAUGUAUAUGUCACCUGUGUGGAGCUCAUUUAAAUCGGCUUCACUCCUGUCUCCAUUGUGUGUUCUUCGGCUGCUUCAGCAAGAAACAUAUCCACGAGCACGCCAAAAACAAGAGACACAACCUAGCUAUAGAUCUUUUGUACGGUGGAAUAUAUUGCUUUGUGUGCCAAGACUACAUAUACGACAAAGACAUGGAGCAGAUUGCCAAAGAAGAGCAAAGAAAAGCGUGGAAAUUGCAAGGUAUUGGAGAGAAAUAUUCAAUGUGGGAGCCUACGAAACGAGAGCUGGAGCUGCUGCGACACAACCCCAAACGAAGGAAAAUUACAGCCAACUGCACCAUAGGACUGAGGGGUUUGAUAAAUCUUGGGAACACGUGCUUUAUGAACUGCAUCGUUCAGGCUCUCACACACACUCCGCUGCUGAGGGACUUCUUCCUGUCCGACAGACACAAGUGUGAGAUGCAGUCCAACUCCUGCCUGGUGUGUGAAAUGUCUCAGCUCUUUCAGGAGUUCUACUCGGGUCACCGCUCUCCUCACAUUCCCUUCCGGCUGCUUCACCUGGUUUGGACUCACGCUCGACACCUCGCCGGCUACGAGCAGCAGGACGCUCACGAGUUCCUCAUCGCUGCUCUGGAUGUGCUCCACAGACACUGCAAAGGAGAUGACAAUGGGAAAAAAGCCAACAACCCAAACCACUGCAGCUGCAUCAUUGACCAAAUCUUCACGGGAGGCCUGCAGUCUGACGUCACCUGCCAAGUCUGCCAUGGGGUUUCCACAACGAUAGACCCGUUCUGGGACAUCAGCCUGGAUCUGCCGGGGUCAUCCACCCCGUUCUGGCCGCUCAGCCCAGGCAGCGACGGCAGUGUGGUGAACGGAGACAGUCACCCGAGCGGAGCCACCACGCUCACAGACUGCUUACGCAGGUUCACUCGACCCGAACACUUAGGAAGUAGCGCCAAGAUCAAAUGCAGCGGUUGCCAUAGUUACCAGGAGUCCACCAAGCAGCUGACGAUGAAGAGGCUUCCUAUCGUGGCGUGUUUCCACCUCAAACGGUUCGAGCAUUCGGCGAAGCUCCGGCGGAAGAUCACCACCUAUGUGUCCUUUCCUCUAGAGCUGGACAUGACGCCCUUCAUGGCCUCCAGUAAAGAGAGCCGGAUGAACGGACAGUACCAGCAGCCUGUCGACUCGCUGAACAACGAAAACAAGUAUUCUCUGUUCGCGGUGGUCAAUCAUCAGGGCACGCUGGAGAGCGGCCACUACACCACGUUCAUCCGCCAGCACAAGGACCAGUGGUUUAAAUGUGAUGAUGCCAUUAUCACUAAAGCCAGCAUUAAAGAUGUUCUGGACAGCGAGGGGUACUUGUUAUUUUACCAUAAGCAGUUCCUUGAAUAUGAAUAAUGGCGAUGCAGGAGCGGCCGAGUCAAAGCUGUGAAGGGAGGAUCAUAUGAGAAGAGCGUUACCACACACACACACACUCUCUCUUGCAGCCUUCUCACUCAAGAAAAUCAAAACAACAACAUAGAACUAAAAAAAACAAAAGACACGGCUAAACCAAUCUGCACUGAGCAACCGGAGCAUACUUGACAGAAAGAGGAGGAGCCUCACUACAGACACAGACUGACAUCAUCUCACUCAGCUGCGUUUCUCCCAGAACCAAUCGCUUUCUCAUCCUCCUCCGAUGGGUUUCCGAGAAGUAUAUGAGGGAAAAUAUUCCUUUUUUAUUUCUUCGUACGCAUUCUCGAUGUACUGAAUGCAACAGAAUGGUGUUAUUGACUUGAGCGUAAACCUAUAUCGUCGAGCGUCGCUUGAGUUUGGAAAUCCUGUCCUCGUCCAGCACUUUUGAUUCGUUUUGUGUUUUUUGUUCGACGCCCUCGUUUCUCCUCGUCUUUUUCUUUGGGCUGGAAAUGUCACUCGCACACGCAAAUCUAUAUAUAAAUCUAUUUUUAUAAGUCAUUGCUUUCUGUUUCCGUGUCCUAUACCCUCAUCUCUUCGUGCGUUUCGGAGCGAAUGGAAAGAAGGUGUUUGUGUGUUUAGUCUUUGGUUGGACUUGGUCUGGGUUGCCGGUUCGGUCGUGUUUCAGAUGCAUUGUGAAUGAAGACGUUUUCCUUUUGUGUGAUGCCUGUCGCCACCACGGCUUGAUUCAGCAGUGUUAUCCUCAGCCACGUGUGUGUGUGUGUGUGUGUGUGUGUGUGUGCGCAUGCAGGUAUGUGUGCACCUGUGUGUUGGUGGUGUUAGUGUGUGUGUGUGUGUGUACUGAAUCAGUACUCAAACUUGGCAUGCUGUUCAAACUGGAUGCUAAAAGACUUUGGGGAGGAUUUUAUAAAUGUUAAUUAUGUAUCUAUGUAUAGUAUGUAUGUAUGUAAAAGAAAUCAAUGGAGAAAAAAAACGGUGAAGAAAAAGCACUGUGUCGUGUGAUUGGUUCUCAGCCGGAUGAAGUUCA